AUGCUCGAUCAGCCAUACAUGACGGAUCUCAUUGAGGCCAACUCCAUGGGUCAUGAACCAAAUAAGAUUCACAUCUACUCAGCCAGCUGGGGUCCAACAGACGAUGGCAAAACUGUAGACGGCCCAAGAAAUGCUACUAUGAGGGCAAUUGUCAAAGGUGUUAAUGAGGGUCGAAACGGCCUUGGCUCGAUCUUCGUAUGGGCGUCCGGAGAUGGUGGUGAGGAUGAUGAUUGUAACUGUGACGGUUAUGCUGCAUCCAUGUGGACC